UUCGACCUUGCAUGAGCGCAUGCGCGAAGUGCCUCAGCCCGCGCGCGCUUCUCUCCAUUCUUCAGUCUGCGUACGGACGCCGCGUAGGACGCACGUUAGUGACGCUGCGACGUUCCAAAAUCUAAACUCGAAACCGUACAUCAACCAAAUACACAGAAAUAACACUUGUUUAACAACACGAGGACAGUUGGAAGUUAAAUAGUGAGUGAUACAGCUCGCGCGGGCGCGGAUUUCCUCAUAUAAGAUUUCUACGAAGAUGUCUCGUUGAUUCUGCCAGGCUGAUUUGAACUCUACGCGAUGACGAAAAAGUUCGAAUUCAACUGGCAGAUCCCGGUGCCCGAACCUCUACUGCAGGGUGCGGUGUUCGACCGAUGGACUGAAGAAAAGGAUAACACCGAACUCGAACAGAACUGCACAUUUAAAGUGGAUGAGUAUGGCUUCUUCAUCUACUGGAAAAGCGAUGGAAAGGACGGUGACGUCAUCGAGCUGUGCCAAGUCAGUGAUAUCCGAGCUGGAGGAGUGCCAAAGGACUCCAAGUUGAGCACGAACCUGCUGAACAAACACGGGGAGAGUCUAGAAGACAAGUCGCUGACCAUCUGCAGCGGGACGGACUAUAUCAACAUCAACUACCAGCAUGUAGUCUGUCCUGAUGCGAACACUGCCAAGGUAUGGCUGGAAGGCCUGAGGCGGAUCACCCACAAUGUGAAAGCAAACAACGUGUGUCCGAUGACGUGUCUCAAGAAGCAUUGGAUGCGUCUAUGCUUCCUCACGGACCCGAAAGGCAAGGUGCCCGUCAAGGUGGUAGCCCGAACCUUCGCCUCAGGCAAAACUGAGAAACUGGUGUACCAGUGUUUGUCAGAGCUGGGUCUUCCGUCAGGGAAGAAUGAAGCUAUGGAGAAAGAGGCCUUCACGUUUGAUAAAUUCUACGCGCUGUACCAUAAGAUCUGCCCGAGGAAUGAUAUUGAAGAACUGUUUAGAUCCAUAACCCAAGGCAAAUCCGACAAGAUCAACCUGGACCAGUUCGUGAACUUCCUGAAUGAGAAGCAGCGAGACCCGCGCCUCAACGAGAUCUUAUACCCGCUAUAUGAUGACAAGAGAGCAGUGGAAAUCAUCACCACGUAUGAGCAAGAUGAGGCUGCGAAGAACGAAAAAUGCCUAACGAAAGACGGUCUCAUCCGCUACCUGAUGUCCGAUGAGAACGCCCCCGUGUUCCUCGAUCGACUGGACAAUUACAUGGACAUGGAUCAGCCGCUGGCUCACUAUUACAUAAACUCGUCCCAUAACACGUAUCUAUCUGGACGACAGUUUGGUGGGAAGAGUUCUGUGGAGAUGUACCGACAAGUCUUGUUAGCAGGGUGUCGGUGUGUAGAACUUGACUGCUGGGACGGUAAAGGCGAGGACGAGGAGCCAAUCAUCACCCACGGCAUGGCCAUGUGCACAGACAUCCUCUUCAAGGACGUCAUCUAUGCUCUCAGAGACACCGCCUUCGUGACGUCGGACUACCCCAUUAUACUGUCCUUUGAGAACCAUUGCUGCAAGGCCCAGCAGUAUAAGUUGGCUAAAUACUGCGAUGAGAUCUUGGGUGAUUUGCUGCUGAAAGAACAGCUUCCUGACUAUCCGUUGGAACCGGGCCAGCCCCUCCCACCACCGUCAGCGUUGAAGAGGAAGAUCAUGAUCAAGAACAAGCGGCUGAAGCAGGAGGUGGAACGUCAGGAAUUGGAGCUGUUCCGUCAGGGGCAGUUCGUCAUUGAAGACGAGGUUAAGGAAGACGCUUCUGCGGUAGCUGUGCCUGAUAAGAAGCCCGAAGAAAUCGUCGCAGAAGCAGCGACAGCCGGCGACGACGCCCCUCCACCUGUAGCCUACACCGGUUCCACCACCAACGUGCACCCCUGGCUCUCUUCCAUGGUCAACUACGCGCAGCCCAUCAAGUUCCAAGGCUUUGAGGAGGCUGAGAAAAAGAACAUCUACCACAACAUGUCUUCCUUCGCCGAGACCACCGGCAUGAACUACCUAAAGCAGCAAGCUAUAGACUUCGUCAACUACAACAAGAGACAGAUGUCCAGGAUCUACCCUAAAGGAACCCGAGCUGACUCUUCCAACUACAUGCCUCAGGUGUUCUGGAACGCCGGCUGCCAAAUGGUGUCCCUCAACUUCCAAACCUCAGACCUGCCCAUGCAGCUCAACCAGGGGAAAUUCGAAUACAACGGGAACUGCGGAUACCUGCUCAAGCCGGACUUCAUGCGGCGCGCCGACAGGAGCUUCGACCCGUUCGCUGAUGCCCCGGUCGACGGGGUGAUCGCGGCACAGUGUUCAGUGCAAGUGAUAGCCGGUCAGUUCUUGUCGGACAAGAAGAUCGGCACAUACGUAGAAGUGGACAUGUACGGUCUGCCCACGGACACCAUUCGUAAGGAGUUCAGGACGCGCAUGGUGCCUGCCAAUGGACUGAACCCGGUUUAUAAUGAGGAGCCGUUCCUCUUCCGAAAGGUUGUCCUACCAGACUUGGCCGUCCUCCGUUUUGGCGUCUACGAUGAGAACGGCAAACUUCUCGGGCAGAGGAUCUUACCCCUGGACGGUCUUCAGGCAGGCUAUAGACAUAUCUCUUUGAGGACAGAAGCCAAUUUUCCAAUGUCACUACCUAUGCUGUUCUGUAACAUUGAGCUGAAGAUCUACGUGCCUGACGGUUUCGAAGAUUUCAUGGCGGCCCUGUCAGACCCUCGGGCGUUCAUGGGCGCGGCUAAAGAACGAACUGACAACAUGAAACAGAUGGGCAUCGAGGAAAGCGGGCCCGAGAAAAAAGUGCAAAUCGAAGACAAGAAGGAAGAGCCGCUAGUGUUCGAGCCAAUCACGGUCGAGUCGCUCCGGCAAGAGAAGGGCUUCGUCAAAACUGGCCGCAAGCAGCAGAAAGAACUAGAAGCUAUGCGCAAGCGCCAAGCCAAGGAGAAGCUGGCUAUGCAGAAGACGCAGUGCAGCGCGCUUGAGAAACUCAUCAAGGGCAAAAACAAAGAGCAGCUAAGCAACGACCCAGCCUUCCGCAAGCUCGUCACCGACCAAUCAGCGGCCUGGAGCGAGCUGGUCGCCAAACACCGCCUCGAGGAGUGGAGCUCGGCCCGCAGCCGGCUGGAUGAGCAGAGAGAACUGCUGAAGAAGAUGAUGGAGACGACACAGCAGGUGCAGAUGAAGCAACUGGAGGCUAAGCAUGAGAGGGAGCUGAAAGACAUGAACGGCCGGCAGGCUAAGAUCAGCAUGGAGACCAGCAAAGAGGUGGCCAACGACAAGACUCUCAAGACCAAACAGGAGAAAGACCGCCGGCUCCGAGAGAAGAAGCAGAACAACACUAAGAAGUUCAUGGAGGAACGGAAGGGUCAAACAAUCAAGCAGAACCGUGAGAAGGAAAAGCUGAAGGUCACACAUGACAAACAGAUGGAAGAGUUGUCCAAGGACGUUGACAACCUGAUCGAGAUGUACAAGAUGGAGGAGUCCGAGUUCGACAAUUCGAGCAAAACGGAGUUCUUCGCAUGAAAGUACCCCGACAUUGCUCCUCUGUUCGAGCAAUUGAACUGCGCGCCCGCGCCCGCCGAGGCGAGUGACUCGAGCCAGUGAACUGGCAAGUGUGAAGUGAUCUCUUCAUUAUUAAUCUAUAAGCCGUUUUCUAGGAAUAGGUACCACAUAGGGACCGUGCAAGCUACCGUCAUUAGCAACACAAUGCUAGAAAAGGUUACCCCAUCGUCAAGCAGGCGAUUGUGGAAGACGGACGGACCUUGUGGCUGCAAGGCGCUCUAUGUUAUUAGAGUAUACCUAAAGAUGUGUCGCAUUCCAAACGACCGUGGGCCAAGAAAAGUAACGAAUGGACACCAAACAUUGUGCGGCGUGACGGCAGACCGCGAAGGAGAUGGCGGCACGAUCUUCUUAAAAGAUUGGCCAAACAUUGCCUUAGACCGAGGUGCGUGAAAGAAAGAGAGGGAGGACUUUGCCCAGCAGUGGGACACAAAAGGCUAACAAAUAAAUAAAUAAAGAUAAAGGUCAUCCUUGUGGUAUGAGAGAAUGUGGUACCUUAAACUUGAGAAUGUCAUUAUUUAUUACCUAAGAUUAAUUCCAUGUCAAUCCAAAGUUCCAGUUUGUUUGAUGUUUAGAUGAAUUUUCAUAUAUUUUUUUAGCAAACUUUAAAUGAAUGUGUUUUAAGUUCACCUCGGUAUAUGUAAGAUAUACGUCAUAUAGGUCAAGUUUUUAUUUAUUAUAAACUGAUGUUACCACUAAUACUUAAGAUAUAUUUUUAAGAAAGUAGUAAAGAUAAUUUUUAAUCAAAAUUGGAACGAGAAAUUUAUCGAGAAAUAUUUAAGAACUGAUAUCUUGUUUCGGCCUUUUUCGGUUAUUGAAAUUGACUAAAUAUAAGGAAACUAUAAACUGUAAUACAUUGUAAGUUGUAUAAAAAUGGGGGAUAACAUGUUCUUUCUACGGGUAAUAUAUAAUCCCUUAUAAUUUAGACACUUCCAGUAAAAUACUAGUCUUCUUUUUAGAUUCCUUCCUUUUUAAGUGACUAUUGACAAUUUUACGCUACUUUUAUUUUAUUAGUGAAAGCAAUAGGUAGAUUUAUGACUGACACCUUUGUAUAUUGUAUUAAACAGUUUUUUCUUAUCCCCAUGACAAUGUAUCUAGAACUUUAUAUAGUUUAUAUCAUUAAAUUUACUUAUAUUUUAAGCGAAAUAUUAAUUUUAAAUGUUGGUAAGGGAUCAAAUGCCAAAAUAUUUCACGAAAAUAAUAAAAUUAUAAUUGUGAAAUUUUAAAUUAAUAGCUGUCCUGCAUGAGGUCAUUGGAAAUAGAAUAAUAAAUAUUUUUUACAGAUCUCAUGGAAGAAUUAGUGAAAAAUAUGUAUACUACUUAAUUAAUGAAAAAUUUUGAUUUGUCUAAAAUUACUUGAAAGCAAUAUUUUGAAUAAUGGCCUUGUAUUCUGUGGAUCCCAUCGAAGAAAUAACUUCUUUAAGUGUUAAAACAACUAAAUAGUAGGUUUGAAAUUGGAAUAACAGAUUAUGUAGAUAUAAUGAUAGAACUACUAGUUUUUAUACGAUCCCAGCUAGUUGUGCUGCCCCAUUGUCAAAAUAUCUAUGGAUGUAUGAUUAUGAGCAUUAAGCACCUACUGUAAUAUUUAUGCAACUAAAUUCCGUAUAGUCGCAACUGCUGAAACGCAAAAUGUCCAGGUAGGUUAGGUAUCUUCAAAAUAUGGCCGAAAGCCAAACUGCAUAGAAUAGAAGCCCCGCGCAAGCGGGGCUCCGUCGAUAUCGCUUUAAAGUUAAGAAAAAACCGAAAAAAUAUUGUGGAUAUUUUGCGUUUUAGAUCAGUUGCUUCUAACACCUAAAUUCUUGUGGAAUCUGAUUGUAUCAAUGUUACUUUGAACAAUUCAAAGCUUUAUUUGAGCUUCGGUCCGAAACAAUAGCAUGUAAUGCCAUUUUUUAAAACGUACUUCGUAGUUUUAGACUCUUAAAAACAUGUUCACUGCGUUUCUUAAACAUUUAUCUAAGAGUAAACUAUACUAUCAUUCCAUUUCAAUUUUAUACUCUCAUACUUCUCUCGUUGCUAGUGGACCAAACUACUCUAUUUCAAGAUACUGAAUAACUUUUAGUUACAUUAACUGUUGUAAGUCUAGUUCUAAGUAACAUACUGAAGUAACUGUAAUGACGUAAUAAUAAGCCAAAGAGAUUAAAUUAUUCAAUUUAUAUAUUUGAACUACUUAUUUGAUUUCAAAUCAAUUAUUAGUGUAGGGACUCUUUUGAUGUCAAUAUUAAUUAAGAGUAUAUUUUGAAAACUUUAUUUCUUCGUUUGUCAAUAUGUGGCUGAAUUAACCGCUAAGUAGAGUAAAUUUUUUAGGUGUCUAUUUGAGGUACCUAUCUGUUGAUUUCUAGUCAAUUUCAUUAUAGGAUAAAAGUACAUGAUGUAAGUUCAAUUGUAUCGUAACUUAAAAAGACGCACUACUUACAUAUUUUGACAUACUUACCACAUACAGUGGUUGACACUAGAUUCAAUUUAUGAAUUACAUAAAACUAAUAACAUUGUAGAAAAUCAUACUUGGUUAAAAUUGUUAAAUAAUAAUAAAUUCUUUCUAAAAUAUAUUUAUUCAAAAUUUUAGAUUUAAAAAAGAUAGUGAGAAUAAAUCAUAAGUGUUUCUUAACAUAAUGAAAUUGUAUUGCAAAAAUUUUACAAUUAUUAUAUUAUUAAUCAAUAUUAUGUUGUAAAAUUAAUAUUUACGAUUGCACUUUAUUGACUUUGAUAAUAAAACUGUAUUAGACAUUAUGAGAAAAUGUGAAAAAAUAAAUCUUUUCGUAGUUGUUUAACGAAAUUUAACAUUUUUAAAGUAGCUAGUUUUUGGAAUUGUGAUAUAAGUAGGGGGAUGUCCAGAAUUGGCCUACUGGAGUGAACUGGAUUCAGAGCUCUUGAGAACAUUUUUAGCAUUGUUUACGAAACUACGGACUGGGCAUGGGUGUCAAACUUUGUAUCUCAAUUUAUUUUACUAAAUUUAAACAUUUUCAAUUAGAAUUUUAAGAGCUUGAUAUAAAUAAGGCACUUUCUGAACAGAAUGUAUUGGCACUUGGUGUAUUUUAUAUUUUGUUUGAUUGCAUGCCAUAUGAACCGAUUAGUGUUAAGGUCAAAAAGUAAAGCAUAUAUUCUAAAUUCAUUGUAUUGUACCAUAGUUAAAACACAUUGCUCUGCAUAUUUAUAUUAUCAGAGGAUUUUAAUAAAAAAGCGGAUUUACAGAAUGGCUAGCAUUUAUAAUGUAGAGUUUAUUUAUGGUAUGAGUGCAUCCUAUUAGUCUGGCUAACAAUCAUUUCCGUCAAUAGAAUAGACUAUAACACAAGUUGUCAUUUGACACUUACCCUCAAUCAGGAUUCAGAUCAGGUUCACACAGUUGGUAAUGUAUGUAAAUGUCAAGUGCCAACCAACAGAUACUUCACCAUAAAAAAAAAUUGUUAAUUCAGAAGUAAUUACUUUUUAUAAUGACAGAAAUGGGUUGGCAAAACUUGAAUAAAAUGGAUGGCUUAUGCCAUGUCAUAGACAAUACAUCUACUUCUUAAGCUAGACUAUGCAUUAACUACAUCAAUAUAACUGAAAAUAAUGCUAACCAUUCAUCAGUACUUAACCAUCGGAUAGAUAUAAUAAAAUAUGUUGUAUCCAAUGAUUUAUUUAUUGUUUAAUGUACAAUAAUUAAAUUAAAACAUUUUAAACACAA